AUGUCUACAUCCGCCCGCCGCCGUCUCAUGCGGGACUUCAAGCGCAUGCAAACCGAUCCCCCAGCCGGCGUCUCUGCAUCCCCUGUGGCCGAUAAUGUGAUGACAUGGAAUGCCGUCAUUAUUGGCCCCGCCGACACUCCCUUCGAGGAUGGCACAUUCCGCUUGGUCAUGAACUUCGAAGAACAGUAUCCCAACAAGCCCCCUGGAGUCAAAUUCAUCAGUCAGAUGUUCCAUCCCAACGUAUAUGGAACUGGUGAGCUCUGUUUGGACAUUUUGCAGAACCGCUGGAGUCCAACCUAUGACGUUGCUGCCAUCCUGACUAGUAUCCAAAGUCUUUUGAAUGACCCCAACACCUCAUCUCCCGCCAAUGUCGAGGCCUCGAACCUGUACAAAGACAACCGCAAAGAAUACACAAAGCGCGUGCGGGAGACUGUUGAGAAGAGCUGGGAUGAUUGA